GAAUUCUUCCAUCAUCUUCGCUUCUCAUCGAUCUCACCUGCAUUAAAUCACAACUGAAAUGGAUCCUCUCCAUCAACAUGAUGAAAUUCCAGAACACCAGGACGAGACUGUGCAUGAUAAUCAGCAAGCAGAUAUUUCUUCUCCAAGUAUGGUUCCUCAGGAAGAUGUCCCACCAAAUGCACAAAGCUUUUCAGCUCUGAUGAAUAGUGAUCUUCCCGAGAAAAAUAUAUAUACAAGAUGUGAGAGCGGUAUUGCUAGUGUAGAUCAAAAUUAUCCUGAUGUAUUUUAUGAUCUAGGAUUUCAAAUUUCACGGAUCGCAAGUAUUGGCCAGAUCAAGGAAAUGCUUACAAGCUGUGAUAUUUCCAAGGCCGGAGACUACAUAGCUGCUUCUGGACAUUUUGAUGGACUGAUUCUUUGGGACAUUCGAAACUCAACUCUGAGAGGCGUCGGGCUUAACGAGGGAUAUAUAACAGACAUUCGAUUCAGGACCGACGAAAUUGCUCACUCAAACAUUUUCAUAGCUUCUUCGUUUGAUGGACCUAUUAGCAUUUUCGAUGCAGAUGCUCAUUGUCCUAAGUUCAUGAACCCUACUCUUCCUCGCCACUCUGUUCUUCCUAGUCACGGCGCCAUUUCAGCAGAUUUGCAUCCAGUAAAGCUAAGUGCAUGCUGGCUCUCCUGCGAUGACAGGGUCUGGUGUUGGAACUUUGAAGGCUCUAUUUCGAGUUAUUAUUACUUUCUUAAGGGAGCUUAUGGAAUGGUGAGAUUCCAGCCUACUCGAGGCGAUCUUUUGGCGACCAUCAUUCGGAAGACCGUCGUUUUGAUCGACUGGAAUACUAAGAAAAUCAAACUCCUGUUGGAGGGGCACAGGUAUGGCGUGCUUUGUGUAAGCUGGGAACCCUCAGGCCGUUUCCUUGCAUCUGUGAGCACCGACUCCGCUCGGAUUUGGUCGAUUGAACAUGGCGGCGCGUGCAUGUACACGCUCUACCUUCCCGACACUGUAAUGACAUCGUGUGUAUACCACACCGGCCCGGCCAAUGACAUAACUGUGGAUCCGCAGGCUGUCAUUGUGGGAACAUCGAAGGGGGCCUACUUGUGGAGACCAGAUAAGGAAGAAGUUUUAUAUACGAUGUUUCCCGAUCAGAGGAGUCCUCUUACUCUUCUUGCGCGUGCUGGUUCCCCUCACUGUAAGAAGAUGGGAUCAGUCAGCCAAGAAGGGUUCGUGAGGCUAUGGGAGAUCAACCACCUUCCAUGACUCCCCAAAAGACAGAAUUUCAAUGGCGGAAGAAGCUCUUACUGUAUAAACAAGCUUCUGCUUCAAGAGAAUCUGUGCAUAUGCAUAAAUCUUUUCAUUCCUUUGCUUGGCUUUCGAUUCAUUUUGUGAAUAAAACCUUCCAUGAUUUAUCACACAAGUAUUCCA